UCGCUGUGGGCUUUAUCUUGUCUUUGCUUUGUUAAUUAAGUUGAAGUUCUUGCAUAGGUCUCGGGUUGUAUUUUUCGUGUAAAAUUAUUGUCUAAAUAUGGAUGAUUUCGGUGAUAAUUUCGUUCAACCCGAGGUAGACCCUGCAGCCGAGUUCUUAGCUCGCGAACAGAACCAGCUUGCAGGACUUGAAGAUGAGUUGGAAACCAGUGCUCCGCCCCCCAUAAUAUCCUCCUCAAACGGCUUGGACGAUUUUGUUGAGGUACCAAGUGCAUCAGCUUUCGAUUCAAACGGGCUUCUAGACGACGAGCCGAUCCAGACGUCAGUAUUCAAACAGGAGAGGGAGGAACCUGAGAAGAUCAAGGCAUGGCGCGAAGAACAGAAACAGAGGUUGGAAGAAAAAGAUGCUGAGGAAGAACAGAAGAAAGAAGAGAUGCUUAAAAUAGCCAAAAAGGAGCUUGAAGAUUGGUACAAAACACAUGAAGAGCAAAUAGCCAAGACUAAGGCAGCUAACAGGGAGUCAGCUAAAAAUGCCGAAAAAGCUUUAGCGCGCGGUUCGGAGAGCACUGUUGAGGAUGGUAACGAGUGGGCUCGCGUGUCUGAGCUCUGCGACUUCGGGCCUAGACGCGGCCGCGAUGUGGCGCGUCUACGCUCCAUCGUACUGCAGUUGAAACAGUCUGGAGUGCGACCUAAGCACCCACCUCGCACCACUAAAGUAGCUUGAAUACUUAAAGAAGAUGUUCAGUGUUACUAAACUACAAAAAGUUGUACCUAAUCAUCAGUCUCGGUAUAUGAAAAUCACAUUUAAUUAUAAUUUAGGAAAAAUAUAUUAAUAUAAAGUUGUUCCACUGCUGUUUAAUAAUACUGGAAUGUAAUAACAAUCAUAGUUGAAAUCUUAUAUAAUAUUCAUAUAGAUAUAAUAAAUAAAUCAUAAUGGCAAACUAUUGUUAGGACUAGUUGUGCCGUAACAUUUUUUGUUCAUAAUGUUAAUAAUUAUCAUUCCAAAAUAUAAAA